AUAUUGAAAAAUAAAUUAGUUUAUCGAUGAUGUGAUGUAUAGAGGAUGAAUAAGUUUUAGUGAUUUCGAAGAGGUAUAACAUUAAUGUAUAUUAGUGAAAAUGUCUGGGAAUUAUGGAAUGCAGCAAUUAAUCCCUGUAGUAAACAAAUUACAAGAUGCAUUCGUGCAAAUGGGAGUGCACAUGUCUUUGGACCUUCCACAAAUUGCAGUUGUGGGUGGUCAAUCGGCAGGAAAAAGUUCGGUAUUAGAAAAUUUUGUCGGCAGGGAUUUCUUGCCACGAGGUUCGGGAAUAGUAACUCGGAGACCCUUAAUUCUUCAGCUCAUACAUGGAAAUGCAGAAUACGCCGAGUUCCUGCACUGCAAGGGCAAGAAGUUCACGGACUUCAAUGAGGUGCGCGGGGAGAUCGAGGCUGAGACGGAUCGGGUGACCGGCAGCAACAAGGGCAUUUCUCCUGUGCCUAUCAACUUGCGAGUUUACUCCCCUAAUGUGCUGAAUUUGACGCUGAUCGACUUGCCGGGGCUGACAAAGGUGCCCAUCGGUGACCAGCCUGUAGACAUUGAACAGCAGAUCAAAGCGAUGAUCUUCCAGUUCAUUCGCCGCGAAUCCUGCCUCAUCCUAGCUGUUACGCCCGCUAAUACCGAUUUAGCUAACAGCGAUGCCCUAAAACUUGCCAAAGAAGUCGAUCCCCAAGGUCUGCGGACGAUUGGUGUGAUCACCAAACUGGAUCUGAUGGACGAGGGCACGGACGCUCGCGACGGGAGUCUCUGUCACCCGUCGUACCGUCACAUCGCGGACCGGCUGGGCACGCCGUACCUGCAGCGCGUGCUGAACCAGCAGCUCACCAACCACAUCCGCGACACGCUGCCCGGCCUGCGCGACAAGCUGCAGAAGCAACUCCUCGCGCUGGAGAAGGACGUCGACCAGUACAAGCACUUCAGGCCUGAUGACCCAUCCAUCAAGACCAAGGCUAUGCUGCAAAUGAUCCAGCAACUCCAGACGGAGUUCGAGAAGACUAUCGAAGGUUCUGGAUCAGCGCAGAUCAAUACCAACGAGUUGUCCGGCGGAGCUAAGAUCAAUCGCCUCUUCCACGAGCGGUUCCCAUUCGAGAUCGUCAAAAUGGAGAUCGACGAGAAAGAGCUUCGGCGAGAGAUAGCAUUCGCUAUCAGAAAUAUACACGGUAUUAGGGUGGGUCUGUUCACGCCGGACAUGGCGUUCGAAGCCAUCGUGAAGAAGCAGAUCUCCCGGCUAAAGGAGCCCUGCCUCAAGUGCGUCGAUCUCGUCGUGCAGGAACUCUCCAAUGUUGUUCGUGUUUGCACUGAAAGGAUGUCGCGCUACCCGCGGCUGCGCGAGGAGACGGAGCGCAUCAUCAUGUCGCACGUGCGGUCUCGCGAGCAGCAGUGCAAGGACCAGCUGGUGCUGCUCGUCGACUGCGAGCUCGCCUACAUGAACACCAACCAUGAAGACUUUAUAGGAUUCGCCAAUGCUCAGAAUCAGUCUGAGAAUGCAGUGAAAUCUGGUCACCGCACACUUGGCAACCAGGUGAUAAGGAAGGGCUACAUGUGCAUCCACAACCUCGGAAUUAUGAAAGGCGGGUCUCGCGACUACUGGUUCGUGCUGACGUCGGAGAGCAUCUCGUGGUACAAGGACGAGGAGGAGCGCGAGAAGAAGUACAUGCUGCCGCUGGACGGGCUCAAGCUGCGCGACCUCGAGCAGGGCUUCAUGUCGCGUCGCCACAUGUUCGCCUUGUUCAACCCUGAGGGCAGGAACGUAUAUAAGGACUACAAGCAGCUGGAGUUGUCGUGUGAGACUCAGGACGACGUGGACUCCUGGAAGGCGUCUUUCCUUCGUGCAGGAGUCUAUCCGGAGAAGACCUCCGAAGCAGCCAACGGAGAUGAGUUAUUUCUACCUCUUGGGUCGGCUGACAGUAAGAAAAACUCGGACAGCGCGGGCUCCAGCAGCAUGGACCCGCAGCUGGAGCGGCAGGUGGAGACCAUCCGCAACCUGGUGGACUCGUACAUGCGCAUCGUCACCAAGACCACGCGCGACCUCGUGCCCAAGACCAUCAUGAUGAUGAUCAUCAACAACGCCAAGGACUUCAUCAACGGAGAGCUGCUCGCACACCUCUACGCCUCCGGAGACCAGUCGCAAAUGAUGGAGGAGUCGCCGGAGGAGGCGCAGAAGCGCGAGGAGAUGCUGCGCAUGUACCACGCGUGCAAGGAGGCGCUGCGCAUCAUCGGCGACGUGUCGAUGGCGACGGUGAGCACGCCCGUGCCGCCGCCCGUCAAGAACGACUGGCUGGAGAGCCGCCUCGACUCCAACCCGCGCCUCUCGCCGCCCUCGCCCGGCGGCCCGCGCCGCGCCACGCCCGUGCAGCAAGGUACACAACACACCGCAUUGCGCUUCAUAAGUCACACUAUCGUAGGUCUAAUUAUAUUCCCCUUCUCCUAUGACCCGCCCGCCGCGCGCCCGCUGCCCGCGCAGGGCCUGCCCGCGCCGCUCAUACCCACGCGGCCGGGUGGAGGGGGCGGGGGCGCGCUGGCGGCCGGCAUGGGGCAGCUGCCCCCGCACAUGCGCCAGCAGAUCAACCAGGCGGUGGGCCAGGCCGUCACCAACGCCGCCAUCUCCGAGAUCAGCUCCGCCUUCGCCAAAUUCAACCGACCAGUUCCGAACGCCCCACCGAAGCUGCCCGAGCGGCCGCAGAACGGGCGGCCAUUUUGAACGCGCCUCGACUUUGCCGCCAUUUUGUGAUAGCACACUGUAAAUAUAUCUACGUUACUUCUAUAUUUAGUAGCAAAAUGUUAACAAAACCAAUUAAUAGAGAAUAUAACAUCAGAAAUAAUGGUCAUGCUUAGGUUAUAUUUUGUACCUUUUGUUAUGAAGCAUUUUUAUCUACUUUAAAAAAUUAAAAUCAUAUAAAAUUAAAUAGAUAUAUGAGGCUUUAAACAUGUGUUAGAGUAUUUCAGUAAGAAAUACAUAAAACGACUUAAUUAGAUUGUUUUAAUAUUUGACUAUUUUCCUAUAAUUAUCGUUGAGUGUUUAAUCUUUUGUAUAAAUAAAUAUUUAAGGUUUAAUAUUUAGUUUAAAUGAAAUAAAUUAUGUAGUUAAUGAAAGUCCAGUGAUAAAAUAUAAUUAUACUGAUAAAUGAUUUAUAUAAAUAAAUGAAAUAAAAAUGUAACCCCAGUUUUUACGAUAGAUAUGAAGAUGAUUUUGAAAAAUCAGAAACAUAAUAUAAAAUUGGUUUUGUAUCGCAGAUUGUUGAAAAUAUUUUCCUUCAUAAUAUAGUUUUGUACUAUAUGUUAAAUGAAUACAUUUAUUAACGAUUGAAUAUUGAAAUUCCAUCAUAUCAAGUUACCUUAUUUUACUCUAUUUUUAUUUGAAAUUAUCAAGUCAUAUUCCGAUCAAUUAAUAAUUUUACAAGUCUAUAUCUCCAAAAUGGAGAGUGAUUGGUAACAGAAUAGUAGAAACUUCAAUAAAUAGUCAUCACAA